GUGCGUUAAAACAGGAGCCUGUGUGUGUCACAAGUGUGCGACGUGCUUUAAAUGUGUCCUUGUUAACAACUCAGUUAUAUGACCAAUUAUUAACCAUCGACCGCAACUCUGUGUAAUCAGUGGACUCACCCUUGUUUAUGAGAUGCUUCUACCAGUUCUUUUCGCAUGGAAGUUUUCUGGAUGAAUGUGAAAAAAUGAAUAUAACACCAUCCAUUAGUUUCGAGGCCAGAUCUGGCAUUAGUAUUCAUGUUGACAGCAAAAGUGAAUAAUCGUCAGAUGAAAUGCCGCGGCCUCCAAGGGAAAGUUACGGAGAUCACAAGCCGCCGUAUUCCUACAUUUCCCUCACGGCAAUGGCGAUAUGGAGUUCACCGGAGAAGAUGCUACCCCUCUCAGAAAUCUACCGAUUCAUCACAGACCGAUUUCCCUAUUACCGUCGCAACACGCAACGGUGGCAGAACUCGCUGAGGCACAACCUGUCAUUCAACGACUGCUUCAUAAAAAUACCCAGGCGGCCAGACAGACCAGGAAAGGGAGCCUUCUGGGCCCUACACCCCUCCGCCCUGGAUAUGUUCGAGAACGGAAGUUUCCUGAGGAGGAGAAAGAGGUUCAAAUUGCCAAAAAAUAUCCACGAGGAACUGGAGAGCCUGUCCAAGUUAAGCAAUAGUUCCUUCAGCCUGCCUGCGCAUUCCCCUACUACGAAUACCUCGGCACCAUUACCUAACAUCUCGUCGAUGGUUUGUCCUGUCAGCACCGGACUGCCGUUGCCUGUGCCCCCAAUUACCCCAACGUCCACAACGUUGAAAUCUUUCAGCAUAGACAGUAUUAUACAAAAUGACAAUAAGCAUGUGUCCGCGCCAGUACCACCGCAAACUACCCCUUAUUUCCCCAACAACCACGCGUCACAAACUCUACCGAGCCUACCCUGGGUGAUACCCCAACCCGAAGUGACGCAACCAAACGAUCUACAAAGUGACAAGAACUUGAUAAUGGCGCAACAAGCUGCUUUCUUCGAGUAUGCCGCCGCGCUUAUUUCUAUGAACGCUUCAUCGAGUGUCUAUAAAAGUGGAGUGAUAAGGCCGAUGCCUGUUAUGCCAAGUGCUUUGUAUCCCACCCCUUCGUGUCACCCUGUAUCGAUGCCUGUGCAAUAUUCCUUUUGCUUACCUAGCAAUGUACGUACUAUAGAUUAUAAGACUGGGCAAAUUUGUGAUAAAUCGGAUUUAGACAAAUCAUUACCUCUACUUAACUUAAUUUCUGAUAAAAACAAGAAUGUCAACCUAGAUACGUCGUCAUGUUCUUCAGAAGAAGCAAUCAAUAUAUAAACUAUAAUUUAAAAUGUAUGCAGUCGUAUUAAAGAUAGAGAAAUAUAGACAGAAGUAAAUUAUUA